AUGGGGAAUUGCGUAUCCCUCUCGAUAUCGUCUGAUCAACCGAUGAAGAAAGUCUGCCAGUGGCUAGAAGUCCAAGGGAGUUACGUUCACAACCUUAGCAAGAAUCUCGGAGCGCUCGAGAGAACCAUGGAAGAGCUCAAGGCUAAGCGUGAUGAUUUAUCAAGAAACGUCACAAGAGAGGAGGACAGAGGUCUACAAAGGCUUUCCGAGUUCCAGGUAUGGCUUACUAGAGUUGAGACUAUCGAAAACAGAGCCAGUGAUCUUUUUAGUACUAGAGAUGUUCAACUUGAAAGCCUGUGUCUUUAUGGGUUUUGCUCUAAGAGUUUAACAUCGAGUUAUCGUUAUGGAAAAGUUGUUUUCUUGACGUUGAAAGAAGUUGAGAAACUCAAAAGUAGGGUUUUUGAAGUGGUUUGUGAUCAGCAAGCUCAAACGUGUAAAGUGGAGGAAAGACAACUUCAACCUACAAUUGUAGGACAAGAAAGAACGUUGAAAAAGGCAUGGAACCAUCUCAUGGGAGAUGAAGUUGGUGUUAUGGGUAUGUACGGUAUGGGAGGAGUAGGAAAAACAACGCUUUUAGCACAGCUCAACAAUAGGUUUAGUGAAAAGAGCUGUGGGUUUGAUUUUGUGAUUUGGGUUGUGGUGUCUAAAGAGUUGCAAGUAGAGAAGAUUCAAGAUGAAAUCGCUCGGAAAGUCGGUGUCCGUGGAGAGGAGUGGAAACAAGAAGAGAAGAGCCAAAAGAGAGAUGUUAUAUACAGUUUCUUAAGGAAAAAGAAGUUUGUGUUGUUUCUAGAUGAUAUAUGGGAGAAAGUGGAUUUAGUUGAGAUUGGAGUCCCGUUUCCAACAGCUCAAAACGGAUGUAAAGUAGCAUUCACCACUCGUUCUCAGGCUGUUUGUGCGCACAUGGGAGUCGAAGAACCAAUGGAAGUUAAAUGCUUGGAGGAACAUGAUGCAUUUGAUUUGUUCCAUAAGAAAGUUGGACAGAAAACCCUAGGAAGCGAUCCGGAGAUCCCCGAACUUGCAAGACAAGUUGCUAAAAGAUGUUGUGGCCUCCCAUUGGCACUUAAUGUGGUAGGCGAGACAAUGUCAUGCAAAAGGACGAAACAAGAAUGCUACGAUAAUCUUGAAGGCGAGCAACUCAAAUCUUGUUUGCUAUAUUGCGCUUUAUUCCCCGAGGAUGAUAAAAUUCCUAAAGAAAAGUUGAUAGGCUUGUGGAUAUGUGAAGGGAUUAUAGAUGGAAGUGAAGGUAUAGAAAAGGCUGAGAACAAAGGUUAUGAGAUCAUUGGUAGUCUUGUUCGUGCAUCAUUGUUAAUGGAGGUUGAUUGGUAUAGAACACAAUGUGUGUACAUGCAUGAUGUUGUUCGUGAAAUGGCCUUGUGGAUUGCGACUGAUUUGGGGAUACAAAAAGAAGCUUUCAUAGUACGAGCAAGCGUUGGUUUACAUGAAAUGCCAAAGGUUGAGGAAUGGAACGUUGUGAGAAGGAUGUCACUGAUGAACAACAAGAUUCAACAUCUCCAUGGUAGUCCUGAAUGUCUCAAACUCACAACUUUACUCCUACGAAGAGCGAAUUUAGCGAAUAUCUCUAGUGAAUUCUUCAAGUCCAUGCCAAGGUUAGCUGUUUUGGAUCUAUCUUGUAACGGAAAUCUUUUUGAGUUGCCUGAUUGCAUAUCGGAACUGGUUUCUUUGCAAUAUCUCAACUUGUCAUAUACAAGUAUACGCCAUUUGCCUAAAGGUGUGAAAGAGUUGAAAAAACUUAUUAACUUGGAUUUAGAAGAAGCAGAUAAGCUUUCAAGUGUUGCUUGGAUAUCAAGUCUUCAUAGUUUAAAAAUACUGAAUCUAUCUCGUGUUGGUUUUACAUUGAAUUGCGAGGUAGUGGAGGAGUUGAAAACCUUGGAGAAUUUAGAAAUCUUAACCAUAGACUUCAAUCUCCCUCCAAGUUUGAAGAAAUUUUUGAGCUCCCAUAGGUUGCCGUGUUGCACACGAGACCUAACGAUCAGAGGUAUUGAUAUGGAUGAUACAUCUGGACUAUCACUUCCAUUAACAAUGAACAAGCUUCGUGAGUUCAACAUUCUGUGGAGCAGUAUCUCUGAGAUCAAGACGGUCCCUCCUCUACACAAUCCAAGAAACCUAUGCUUCUUGAGCCUCUCCAAAGUGAUGAUACUGGAUUGUAAAGGCCUCAAGGAAUUGACGUUUCUGAUGUUUGCUCCAAAUCUCAGGACUCUUGUUGUUAAUAUAGCGAACCAGCUAGAAGAUAUAAUAAGCAAAGAGAAAGUUUGUGAAGGUGACAAAUCAGGGAUGGUUCCGUUUCAAAAGCUUGUUACUCUUGUGUUGGUUGAUCUUCCCGAGCUGAAGAGUAUCUAUUGGAGACAUCUACCAUUUCCAUGUCUAAAGAGAUUCGAUGUGUUUGGGUGUUCAAAGCUGAAGAAGCUUCCACUCGAUUCUCAAAGUGGCAUGCACGGUGAAAAUGGACUCAUCAUAAGAUACAAAGAGAAAGAAUGGAUUGAAAAUGUGGAAUGGGAAGACGAAGCUACCAAGAAAUGGUUCUUACAUUCAAGCUCACAGGUCUAG